UUUGGGGGUAACGUGUGUUUGCCUGUGUGAAUGUGACUGUGUCUCCGGAGUGAAUGUUCAAUUAUGACGUUGGUUGGGCCGGAGUGCCAGUGAUUAUGCAUAUCCCCCAAGGGGGUAUGUGAUUGUGUGAGACAUUUGCGAGUAAUGGUGUGGGCAAGCUGUGACUAUAUGAGUGACUUUGUGUGUCAUGGUGGUUAAUAGAUUGUGUGACUGUGUGUGUCUUUUUAGUGGGUGAGUAUAAGGGCAUGGAGAUGUCUGUGAUUGUGUGGUUGUGUCUUGUAUGUUUCAAGAGUGGAUGUGUGUUUGUGUGACACCAUUUGUGUAGCACCAAAUGUGCUGGCAGGAGGUGCCUGUAACUCCAGCGUUCUGACCCUUGCAGAACCUGUGAAGUUAGAACAGAUUGUGGCCCUGGACAGUGAUUGCCUCAGCCUCUCCCAGUGACAUUGGUAUUGGACAUGUUAUCCAGUCUUACCCGACUUCUGUCUCUUGUGUGGAGGUCAAAAUGUCCUGCUUACUCAUUAUCCCCCCCUUUUUUUUCUAAGCCUUCUCCAAGAGAGAUGUUGAGAGGAAAAGGAAAAAAUUGCUAUUGAACAUCCAAAAGCGAAGUUCAAGGUGCAUUAGGUGUUCUUCUUUCCCUGAGACCCUUGUUUUUCAUGACAUUCUUUUUUUGUUCUGAAACUUCUUGCCUAACUUCCCCUCCCCCGCAAAGUGACCUGGUCUCCAGUAUAUGCCAUUGGAGUAAAUUAUUGGGAGCCCUCGAAAUGAACUGAAAGGUUCAUAUACCCCCUAUUCCCUGCACACCUAAUGUUCAUUAAACAUUUUUUUUAACUUUUCAUUUUGAAUUAGUUUUAGACUUAAAACUGUUGCAAAAAUAGAAUUCCCACAUACUCUUAACCUACUUCUCCAUUUGAAGGGGGUUCAUGAGGGAAUGGUCGAGAAAGAAUUCUUGAAACAUGAAGUACAAAAAGGUGGCUUUAUUAUAGCACAGAGAUAGAUAGGACCCAUGGGUAGAAAGAGCUGCACUGGGAUUGUGAGGAGCAAUUGAUUAUACACUGUGGAGUUGGGGAAGGUAAAGACAAAGGAAGUUUCCGAAAGGAUUUUCAUAUGUUAAGACUUACAGGAUCAUGGAGACCUGACUAUUGUCAAACUAAGGUGGUUUUUCUCUCCAGCAAGGCAUUAACAUUAAGAUCAGGAGUUUCCUGGAGGAAUGUUAUACCCACCCGCCUCAGGACUACAGCAUACAUGAAUAUAGUUACCAAAUCAAGAAGUUUGCAACUACUGGGAGCUGACAAAGCAAAAACAAAAGCGAUUCUGUGAAAAUACAACUAUUUUUAGAAUAUCCUAAGCUAUUAUUUUAUGUUCAAGGGAAGAUUGCUUAAAAAAAAAGGACUCUGCACUUGUCCAAGAGAAGAAUCUAAAGAAAUCAGAGCAGCCCAGGUAGUUCUGAAAGCCAUGGCACAGGGGUUGGUAACAUUCAGGGAUGUGGCCAUAGAGUUUUCUCAGGAAGAAUGGAAGUGCCUGGAACCUGCCCAGAGAAACUUGUACAGGGAUGUGACUCUGGAGAACUUCAGUAACUUGGUGUCACUAGGACUUUCCAUUUCUAAGCCUGACCUCAUUUCCUUACUGGAGCAAGGGAGAGAACCCUGGAUGAUUGCAAAUGAUAUGACAGGACCAUGGUGUCCAGAGCUGGAGUCCAGGUGUGAGAAAUUUCCACAAAAAGAGAUUUUUGAAGUAGAGUCAUUCAAUUGGGAGAUCAUGGAAAGCCUUAAAUGCUGUGAUUUUGAGGGCUCCAGUUUUGGAGAUGACUGGGAAUGCAAAGGCCAAUUUGAAAGACAACGAGUAACUCAGGAAUGCUGUUUCAAGCAAGUAAAAAUCACAUAUGAAAACAUGCCCACUUUUGAGCAUCACACAUCCCUCCCUUUACAUCAGAACAAUGAGAUUGGUGAGAAACUGAUCGAAUGUAAUGAGUGUGGGAAAGCAUUUAGCCGUGGCUCACACCUUAUUCAGCAUCAGAAAACUCAUACUGGUGAAAAACCAUUUGACUGUAAGGAAUGUGGGAAGGCCUUUAGUCGUGCCUCACACCUUGUUCAACAUCAGAGAAUUCAUACAGGUGAGAAACCUUAUGAUUGUAAGGAAUGUGGGAAGGCCUUUGGUCGUACUUCAGAACUUAUUCUACAUCAAAGACUUCAUACUGGUGUCAAACCCUAUGAAUGUAAAGAAUGUGGAAAGACCUUUAGACAGCAUUCACAACUUAUUCUGCAUCAAAGAACUCACACGGGUGAGAAACCCUAUGUGUGUAAAGACUGUGGGAAGGCUUUUAUUCGUGGCUCACAACUUACUGUUCAUCGGAGAAUUCAUACGGGUGCAAGACCCUAUCAGUGUAAAGAAUGUGGGAAAGCCUUCAGACAGCAUUCACAGCUUACUGUCCACCAGAGGAUUCAUACUGGUGAGAAACCCUAUGAGUGUAAGGAAUGUGGGAAGGGCUUUAUUCAUAGCUCAGAAGUUACUCGACAUCAGAGAAUUCAUUCUGGGGAGAAACCCUACGAAUGUAAGGAAUGUGGGAAGGCUUUUAGACAACAUGCACAGCUUACACGACAUCAGAGGGUUCAUACUGGUGACCGACCCUAUGAAUGUAAGGACUGUGGGAAGGCCUUUAGUCGUAGUUCAUACCUUAUUCAACAUCAAAGAAUUCAUACAGGUGACAAACCCUAUGAAUGUAAGGAAUGUGGGAAAGCCUUUAUCCGUGUUUCACAACUGACUCAUCAUCAACGAAUUCAUACUUGUGAGAAACCCUAUCAAUGUAGGGAAUGUGGAAUGGCCUUUAUUCGUAGUUCACAACUUACUGAACAUCAGAGAAUUCAUCCUGGUAUCAAACCUUAUGAAUGUAGAGAAUGUGGGCAGGCCUUUGUUCUUGGCUCGCAGCUCAUCGAACACUACAGGAUCCAUACUGGUUAGAAAGCCUUGAAUGUUAAGGGUAUAGGAAAGCCUUUACAUGGAUUUCACACCUGACUCAAUAUUAGGUAAUGUGUAAUGUAAUGUGAUUAAUGUCAGAAAACCCUCACUUGUCAUUUCCAUUACGGAACGUGGGAUUAUUCCUACCAGAAGAAAAUUCAAUAAAUGCAGGAAUUCUUUUUGCCUCACACUCACUGCUUACUAAGCAUCAGAAAACUUAUGCUGAAAAAAAUAUUAAUGUGACUAUAGAAAACCUUCCUGUUACCACACAAAAUGUGUUAAACUUCUGAGAAUUCCUAAGAGAAAAUGACCCUAUUAAGGUAUUUUCUGAAUGUGCCUUUUACCAUGAUAUACAUAUUAUUUAGUAUUAUCUCAGUUCCACCAGUUACCGACUGUAUAGCAUUGAACAAAUUAUGCAAUCUUCCUGUUGCUCAGUUUACUUAUUUUUAAGCAGUAAUCAUUAUACUUACCUGAUAGAGUUCUCCUGAGGACUAUCAGAUAUUUUUUAUAAACCCUAUAUAUAGUUCAAUAAAUAUUAGUUAUUGUUGUUAAUUUAUAACAGUAUUACCGUUAAGGAGUUCAUGUGAGAGAAGGGCCUUAUGAAUGUGCCAAAUAACAAAAAGCCUUCAUAACCACUUGUUAACAAUAAUUCAUUCUGGAAAACAGUAGUAAAGUAUAAUUAGCAUAAGAAGGUCUUCAUGAUAUUGAAAGCUAGGAAGUCACAAGAUUAGAAAUUAACAGAAGAGUAGCCAAAAGAAAUCGACCCACUUAGAAAUCUAAAGCCACUUCCAAGUAUAACUCAAGAGCAGUCAAAAAAUUCUAUACAUCAAAACCAGUUCCGUACAGCCAAAGCUAUGUUCCUGUCACCCCAGGAUUGAAGGUAAGGGCUUUGUUCUCCAAAUGUAGAUCUCCAGCACUUACUCAUUGCCAGUCACAUACUAAGCCUAUUGAAUGGAUGAAUGGUCAACUCUAAAAAUUAGAGGGAAAUUACCACAUAAACCCGUAUCAAUAGUAAGAAUGAUAAUUAAAAAUAAAAAGUAAAAAACAACAGUAGGCUGAAUCUGAAGGUUGUUUAUUUAACAAUAUUAUAAGAUGGAAGACAACUCUGAACUAGAAGAAAAACAUUUAGCCUUAUGAAUAAGGAAGGGGUGGGUAUUUCUUUUAAAUAGCUACUAUGCCUGGCUUUAAUGUAUUUGGAAAUUUAAAGAGAAUGGAUUUUUACAAAAGUAUCAAAACUGGUUUAAGAAGACGUGGAAUACCUGAAUGAUUGUAGAAGGACAUAAAAAGACAUCAAAGCUCUUCCCUUUAAAAACAGUUUAGCCUACUAAAACUUCAAGGAACAGAUAGAUAAUCCCUGAGAGAAGCUUGCCAGUUCAUUUCCAAGGCUAAAUAAAACUAUGAUAAAAAAAAAAAAAAAAAGGAUAGCUCCCAAGAAACAAAUUGUAGAUGAUCAUCAUUUGUGAAAAUAAAUAUAAAUAAAAUUGCUGCUAAUUGAA